UCUGUAUUAGAUUAAUUAAAUUGGCAGAGGUAGAAAUAUAAUGGGAUAUGCAGGUAAUUGAAUAAUAAAUUAGUUAUGUUGUAAUCUUGACUGGUGUAGUUUCUUUUCAUACAACCACUAACAAAAUCUAUCCAUUCAUCCAAUUUAGUAAUAUUAAAACUCUUUUAAAAUUAUUAUAUAGUCUUAUUGUUUUCAGCUGUAAAGAUGCUCAUACACCUCAAGAGUCAUUUGACGGUUGGCUACCGUAUAUGGAAGCAGAGGACGUUAUAAUAUGGCGCAAAGAAUAUAAGCCAGGGCAGGGUCUUUAUGCAUACAAAGUGUACGGCAGGUAUAGAGAUGUACGCGCUGAGGACUUUGCCGCCGUACAAGUGGAUGGUGCGUACCGCCGCGUUUGGGACGCAGCGGUCGCCGCUCUCAGUGUGGUGGAGAGACACGCGCAGGGUGUAGUUGACCAGGCGGUGUUACACUGGGAAGUGUUAUGGCCGGUGAGUUUUUUUCUACCCUCCGAAAAUCAAAGUGAGGUUAUAACUGUCGUUAAGUUGUUUAUAUUAUGUUUGUGCGUUUUCUUAUUGUUAGUUUAAAUAUAUAUAUAUAUAUAUAUAUAUAUAUAUUCCUAUUUAUCAUUUUAAUGAAACCACUGGUUCAACACAAACGACCGGUUCCUAAAUUAAGACAAGUACAAAAUCUCAAUUGAUUAUUCUAAAUAAGGUUUAUAUUUUUGACAAGGCAAAAAGUACUAGUUUUUUCAUUAUAAAAAAAAACGAAUAACAGAAACGAAAACCUGUUUAUGUGACGUUUAAGUAUUGUACAAUCUGAGAUGUGCUUAUCUUUAAAUACUUAUUUCAGAAACCGGGUGAUAGCUUUUACGUUAUUAUUUAUAUUAAAAACAGUUUUUUUAAUUUACUUUGAAAUUGUUGUUGAUGAAUGAAUCGGUUUAUAAUGUGUUUGUUUUUAAUUAUUGAUAAUAAAUUAAGGGAUAAUACUGGUUUUAGUUAGGGUGACAGUGUUAUUGCUAAUAGUUACCCAAACGUCUGUACACUACGACGAAUCGACGAAGAAUGCGAACAGAUUGUGCUUUUAGUGGUAUUUAUAGCGGCUAGUAUCACUUUUAUGGGUUGUCACAUCCAAAUUAAAUCAAAAUCGUUUAUUCAGUCUAGGUUGUUACAGGGCACUUGUGAAAGUCGAAACUCUUUGCCAUCGGUUCGUAAGUGUAUGGCGGUAAACCUUGUACCGAGAAGAACUGGCAAGAAUUUCGGCAAUGGCUACUUUUUUUCUCUCCCAAGAUUAAAAAAAUUACUUUAUUAAAAUAUGAUGUCAUUUUCCAUCACUUUAUUAGAAAAUAUAAAAAAAAUAUUCUGUAUUUUUGAUAAUGUUAUAUUUUAUGAAUGGCUGCGGAAUGGAUGGAUGUAUGUAUGGAUAUACAUCCAUCCUUUCCGCAUGAUGGAUGUAUGUAUGGAUGGAUGUAUGUAUGGAUAUACAUCCAUCCUUUCCGCAUGGAUGUAAGGAUGUAAUAAAUAAUAAGUUUAAGCAUCCAAUUAAAUGAUUUACAUUCUGGGAACAAGGCUGAUGUUGUAUUACGUCUC